AUGGUUUCAUCCUGGUCAGAGCAGGUAGAAUCGCUCGUGGAGCAGCAGUUCGAUUGGCCGCUGGCUGUGCAUCUAUGCCGGCCGCGGAGCGGUGGAGGCAUGGAACUGGAGCCUUCGGGGAGGGACAAGGCUUUCAUAGAUUCUCUCAUGGAGCAUGGGCUUCAGUCCGCAGCGGACAUCGCUCGGAGUGUCGGAACUCCUGUACCCUCGACUGCUCGCCGCGGGUCGAGCGAGGACAUGGCGAGGCGGAUCGCGGAGGGCCUUGACCAAACGAUGAACGGCGGGGAGAAUUGCGUGAACUUGGCGCUGGUGCACAAGUACCCUGUCAAUGCUGACGAGCCACCGCCGCUGGACCAGCGUGUAUUCAGUGUCAUCUCCGUCAAUGCCAACAAGGAUGGAUCCAUCGUGUAUGCAGCAGAGGCAGGCGGGUCCAGCGACCAGGCGGACGAACAACGGCAGCGACUGGGUUCUGGAGCCUCUGCAUAUGGCGCUAUGGGCUCGUCGGGUGCAGCCGGCAUCGACAUUGACGACCCCUGGGAGGGUGAUGGCAACGAUGCGGGUGUAGAGGCUGAGCCGGAGGAGCACGGCAUGUCUCCCGGGAGAGCACCGUACGCUGUUGCGCGUGCACGGACCCUCGGGGAAGCUGAGGCACGUGUCACCAUGGCCGCUGGUGGGUUUUUUGUGGAAGCCAGCUGUGCACUGCUGGAUAUCGCCGAGCAGCAUCUGUUUGAGGCGGAAGGGUACAAGUCAUUCCGCGCGUAUAUUCUUGAGAGGAAGUCGCUGGGGUUUGGGUACCGACAAGCGAGGGCAUGGGUGGCGGCUGCUCGUUUCAUCCGGUCUUUGCCACCUUCCAUGCCUGUGCCACAGUAUGAACGGCUGGUCCGGCCAUUGACACGAUGCGAACCAGGCGUGGCAAGGCUGGCCUGGGAACGUGUCUUAAGGUAUCAUAACGAGGAGGGACGGCGCAUGACUGCUGAGCUCGUGGUGUCGUGCAUCCAGGAGGUGGGAACAGCCAGCACUGUCGCACAGAGUGAUAGUGAGGACGAGAGUGGCAUGGCCGAUGUUGUCGCGCCUGUUACUGCUGUGUCAAGGGCUAACGGCCACGAUGAAGAUGCAGUCCCGGCGGGUAGCCGGCCUAUCUUUUUGCAGAGUGCAUCGGUAGAGUGGUACACUCCACAGUGCAUCCUAGAUAAAGUCGCAGAGAUGUUUGGGCCGGGGGGAAUUGACCUGGACCCGUGCAGCUCGGAGGCGGCAAACACUAGAGUUAAGGCCGGGCGCUUUUUUGAUGUGGCUUUGGAUGGCCUCAGUGAGGCAUGUAGGUGGGAGGGGAACGUUUUCGUCAACCCUCCUUUCGGUUCGAGGGGUGUGCUAAGCAUGCAGAACUUGUUCUUCGAACGGUGUGUGAAAGAGUAUCGACAAGGGGCUGUCAAACAGGCGGUGGUCCUGCUGAAGGCCGCUGUCGGGUACAAGUGGUUUAGGGCAGUGUUGGAAUGGCCAGUUUGCUUCCUGUGGGAGCGGCUUGCAUUUGUGCAGCCACAGCACACAUCCGUGGGAGAGGAGUCGGAGUUGAAAUGGGGCAGCCGUGUACAAAAUCCACACGGAAGUGUGGUAGUGUAUUUGGGUACCAAUGUGGACAAGUUUGUCCGGAUUUUUGGUGACAUAGGUUCGAUUGCUGGUGCCAACGCGUGGGCACACCAGAACUCGCCCCGCUGAAAUGCGGGUUUUAAUUCCGAGCGGGAAUCUGUACAUUACGCGCCACCAGUCGUUUGGGUUUACCCAAUAGAAGAGCGCACUUGUGUCGGUACAGCGGUGUGGUGUGUACGACACUCAUGGGCUAGUUUCAGAGCGUGCGUGUACAGGAGCAUGUACAGGAAGAUAGGUGUUUUGUUAUGAUUAUUUGCGGCAGCCUGUGGAAGCAGUCCCAUUGGACAUUUUAUGGGUGUGCAAGUUAGUGUUAUGUACAUAUGACGGGAUGUCAAGCGGACGGCAGGCUGUUGUUCUUCUUCUGCAUGGUUUCCGAGCAUGCAUACGCGAGCAUGCAUACGGUGGGACAGAGCGCUUGGUGCCAAGCAUGUUAAGCGAACGUUGCGAAAGCUGUGCGACGUGUAACAGUCGAGGAAAGG